AUGCAAGAGCGAGAGACUCAGAGGUUUAGAGAGCGAGAGGCUCAGAGGUUUAGAGAGCGAGAGGCUCAGAGGUUUAGAGAGCGAGAGGCUCAGAGGUUUAGAGAGCGAGAGGCUCAGAGGUUUAGAGAGCGAGAGGCUCAGAGGUUUAGAGAGCGAGAGGCUCAGAGGUUUAGAGAGCGAGAGGCUCAGAGGUUUAGAGAGCGAGAGGCUCAGAGGUUUAAAGAGCGAGAGGCUCAGAGGUUUAGAGAGCGAGAGGCUGAAAGGUUUAGAGAGCGAGAGGCUCAGAGGUUUAGAGAGCGAGAGGCUCAGAGGUUUAGAAAGCGAGAGGCUCAGAGGUUUAGAGAGCGAGAGGCUCAGAGGUUUAGAGAGCGAGAGGCUCAGAGGUUUAGAGAGCGAGAGGCUCAGAGGUUUAGAGAGCGAGAGGCUCAGAGGUUUAGAGAGCGAGAGGCUCAGAGGUUUAGAGAGCGAGAGGCUCAGAGGUUUAGAGAGCGAGAGGCUCAGAGGUUUAGAGAGCGAGAGGCUCAGAGGUUUAGAGAGCGAGAGGCUCAGAGGUUUAGAGAGCGAGAGGCUCAGAGGUUUAGAGAGCGAGAGGCUCAGAGGUUUAGAGAGCGAGAGGCUCAGAGGUUUAGAGAGCGAGAGGCUCAGAGAUCGAGAUGGUGA